AUGGUGUGUCUCGUGUACGGAUGGUGCUUUCAAUCGUACUUUGCGUAUGGUGAUGAUGUCGUGAAAGUUUCUGACACAAUACGUAACGAGCUCUUCCGUAAUGUCGUAGACCUCAUUAAAAUUCUUUCUAUUGGAAACUUCAUUUCAUUCUUAAUGAGUAUAUACAGUGUGGCCGCUAUAUGCACAGUUGUCCUGGGCAUCCUGUCGCUCACAUUUCUCAAUGAACGAACCUGUCCAUCGCACAAUUAUCUAAGCGCUUUUGUACACUACUUAUUUAUAUUAGUUACCGUUAGACUUGGGAGGAGGAUGCGCAAAACAUUCGACUCAGAUACACAGAAAUGCAGGCUGGUGCAAGAAGAGGUUUUACGACAUGUCUUGUAUCACAAUGCUGACACUGAGUACGGCAGAAAAUUCGAUUUUCCUCGCUUUCGAACGACGGGAGAUUUCCGUAGAAUGCAUCCACUGACGCGAUACGAAUCUUACAAACACUAUAUUGACCGAGCUGCAAUGGGGGUACAGAAUGUGCUUACAAAAAAUAAAAUCAUCUACAUUGUACUUACUCCAGGAACUUCUGGGUCAGGGUCAAUGUUUCCAGUCUCCAAGAAAUAUCUUGGACAAUUUGUACUUCCUGGUGCUUUACCGAUUCCAGAAAUACACCGUUUGAUACCAGGCACAGAUAAUCUACAAAAAAUGAUUACUAUCAAAUUCGGCAGCAAACCACGUGUUACUGAGGGCGGUGUGCCAAUGGGGCCUGUGUCGGGCAUGCGGUCAAAUACUCCCUUCUCGUUCGUCUUGAUGAGUAUGCUCGGCUGUUUAGAAACUUCUCCUUCAUCUAUAUUCAAAAUCACAAAAGAGCCACAAUGCAUGUACCUCCACUGUUUGUUCGGACUUAAGGACCGCACUAUGGGAAUUAUCAACGGCAUGUUCGCUCAGUCCGUCUACAGCCUAUUCGCUACAAUCGAGACAAAAUGGCCGCAGCUUGUGAUCGACAUAGAAAACGGGUAUAUCGACUCAAAGCUCGAGAUACUUCCCCAGGUGAGAGAAGAGCUAAAUAAACAUCUACGGCCUGAUCCAGAAAGGGCAAAAGAGUUAAAAACCGAAUUUCAGAAAGGUUUCCAGGGCGUCAUCAGUCGAGUCUGGCCGUAUUUGAAUUAUAUUGUUGGGAUCAGUACAGGAUCAAUGAAACCGUAUGCAAAGAAAAUAAACGAAUAUUACGCCCCAGGUGUACCCAUUGUUUCCUACGUGUAUUCUUCGUCUGAGGGUACUAUUGGUGUCAACAUCUGGCCUUUGGAGACAACUCCGUACUACGUGCUCUUACCUAGAUCUAAUUUCUACGAAUUCAUACCAGCUCCAGCUUGUGAUGAGACUCAACCUGCUACCUUAUUGGCCGAUGAACUCGAGGUUGGAGCUGAGUAUGAAAUUGUUUUGACAAAUGAGCAUGGGCUGUAUCGAUAUCGUCUUGGUGAUGUUGUGAAGGUUGUGCGCUACCAUAAUAACUGUCCCGUGUUUGAAUUCAUGUAUAGGCGUGGCCAGCUAUUGAAUGUUCGAAGCGAGAAGACGUCAGAGGUCGCUGUAUAUGGGGCGCUUCAAGACACAUUAUCACAAUGGCCGGCUGGAACUUUAUUGGUGGAUUACACAUGCGCAGAAAGUGUCAUGUUUGAACUGUCUUUUUCAGAUAUCCAGUCUGAACCAGGAAUUCCAUAUUAUGUACUUUUUCUGGAGCUGGAAAACCAAGAGAAAAAAGGAGUGGAGCUUUGUGAAUAUGAACUCAGUAUGUUCGAUCAACAUUUACGGCGUAGGGCGUUUGCAUACAACGCAUUCCGUUUGAAAGGAAGCAUAGCGCCACCUAGAGUAAACCUAGUGAAACCUGGAACAUUUGAUGCGCUACAGAAGUAUCUGGUAGACAACACAACGGCUUCGUUCAAUCAGUAUAAAGUGCCACGUGUACUGAAAAGAAAGACGGCAAUCGAUUUCAUGAUGAGUCAA